CUGUUCCCAGCUGUUACAGGUGUGUGUGAAGGUGUUUGCUCAGGUAUGGAUGAGCCUGAGGAGAAAGAGGAGGGGCUCUUUGCCUUUGAAACUCCUCUGUCUGGAGAACAUGACAGAAGGACCAAAGCUAAGAGCCCAGUCCCGCAGGACAGACCAGACUCUUCUGAACCCAGUGGUGUGUCCAUGAGGAGUGAUGCGUCGAAGCGGUUACCUAUUCAUUUCAAAGACAGACGUCACUCUAUUGAUGACAUAGACCAACUGUCUGCAGAAGCUUUCAGUGUUCAGUCUGCCCAGACGCUUCAAACAGACCCGAUCUCUGUAUUUACGCUGCUUGAGGAGAGCAUUAUCACUUUUGUGAAGAACGAGCUGAGAAGGCUUCAGAGGAAUCUGAAUCCAGCCUACCCAGCAUGCUUACAGAGGCAGAGUGAGUACGAGGAGGUGCUGGAUGAUGAGGAGGAGGAGCAGUGGAGGAGCAGCAGGGAGGCUUUUCUGCAGAUCACACUGCACUUCCUGAGGAGAAUGAAGCAGGAGGAGCUGGCUGAGCGUCUGCAGAGCAAAACUCCUGCUGCAGUGUGCCAACAUAAACUCAAAUCUAAACUAAAGGAGAGUUUUGAGUGUGUGUUUGAGGGGAUUGCUAAAGCAGGAAACCCAACACCACUGAAUCAGAUCUACACAGAGCUGUACAUCACAGAGGGAGAGAGUGGAGAGCUCAAUGAGGAACAUGAGGUCAGAUGGAUUGAAACAGCAUCCAGGAAACCAGUGAGACCAGAAACAACAAUCAAAUGUGAAGAUAUCUUUAAACCCUUACCUGGAAGAGAUCAGCUAAUCAGAAGAGUGAUGACAAAGGGAGUGGCUGGCAUUGGGAAAACAGUCUUAACACAGAAGUUCACUCUGGACUGGGCUGAACACAAAGCCAACCAGCAUGUCCACUUCACAUUUCCAUUCACUUUCAGAGAGCUGAAUCUGCUGAGAGGGAAAAAGUUCAGCUUGGUGGAACUUAUUCAUCUCUUCUUCUCUGAGACCAGAGAAGCAGGAAUCAGCAGGUUUGAGCAGUUCCAGGUUGUGUUGAUCUUUGACGGUCUGGAUGAGUGUCGACUUCCUCUGGACUUCGAGAACAACCAGAUCCUGACUGAUGCUACGGAGUCCACCUCAGUGGACGUUCUGCUGACAAACCUCAUCAAGGGGAACCUGCUUCCCUCUGCUCGCCUCUGGAUAACCACACGACCCGCAGCAGCCAAUCAGAUCCCUCCUGAGUGUGCUGACAUGGUGACAGAGGUGAGAGGCUUCACUGACCCACAGAAGGAGGAAUACUUCAGGAAGAGAUUCAGAGAUGAGGAGCAGGCCAGCAGAAUCAUCUCCCACAUCAAGACGUCACGAAGCCUCCACAUCAUGUGCCACAUCCCAGUCUUCUGCUGGAUCACUGCUACAGUUCUGGAGGACGUGUUGAAAACCAGUGAGGGAGGAGACCUGCCCAAGACCCUGACUGAGAUGUACAUCCACUUCCUGCUGGUUCAGACCAAACUGGGGAACAUCAGGUAUCAUGGGAGAGCUGAGACAGAUCCACUCUGGACUCCAGAGACCAGGGAGAUGAUCCUGUCUCUGGGAAAACUGGCCUUUGAGCAGCUGGAGAAAGGCAACCUGAUCUUCUAUGAAGAAGACCUGGCAGAGUGUGGCAUUGAUAUCAGAGCAGCCUCAGUGUACUCAGGAGUGUUCACACAGAUCUUUAAAGAGGAGCGUGGGCUGUACCAGGACAAGGUUUUCUGCUUCGUCCAUCUAAGCGUUCAGGAGUUUCUGGCUGCUAUUCAUGUCUUUGUGACAUUCAUCAACUCUGGAGUCAAUCUGCUGUCAGAAGGACAAUCAACCUCCCAACUAAAACACCUCUACCAGAGUGCUUUGGACAAAGCCUUACAGAGUUCAAAUGGACACCUGGACUUGUUCCUGCGCUUUCUCCUGGGUCUUUCACUGCAGACCAAUCAGACUCUCCUACGAGGCCUGCUGACACAGACAGGAAGUGGCUCACAGACCAAUCAGGUAACAGUCCAGUACAUCAGAGACAAGAUUAGGGAGAAUCCCUCUCCAGAGAGAAGCAUCAACCUGUUCCACUGUCUGAAUGAGCUGAAUGACCAUUCUCUAGUGGAGGAGAUCCAACAGUACCUGAGAUCAGGAAGUCUCUCCACAGAUGAACUCUCCCCUGUUCAGUGGUCAGCUCUGGUCUUCAUCUUACUGACAUCAGAGAAGGAUCUGGAAGUGUUUGAUCUGAAGAAAUACUCUGCUUCAGAGGAGACUCUUCUGAGGCUGCUGCCAGUAGUCAAAGCCUCCAACAAAUCUCUGCUGAGUGUGUGUAAACUGUCAGAGAGAAGCUGUGAAGCUCUGGCCUCAGUUCUCAGCUCCCAGUCCUCCAGUCUGAGAGAGUUGGACCUGAGUAACAACGAUCUACAGGAUUCAGGAGUGAAGCUGCUCUCUGCUGGACUGGAGAGUCCACAUUGUAGACUGGAGACUCUCAAUCUGUCAGGCUGUCUGGUCACAGAGGAGGGCUGUGCUGCUCUGGCCUCAGCUCUGAGCUCCAAUCCCUCCCAUCUGAGAGAGCUGGACCUGAGCUACAAUCAUCCAGGAGCCUCAGGAGAGAAGCUGCUCUCUGCUGGACUGGAGGAUCCAACCUGGAGACUGGACAAGCUCAGCAUGGAUCAUGGUGGAGUGCAGAGGUUGAAAUCAGAUGUGAGGAAAUAUGCCUGUGAACUCACACUGGACCCAAACACAGCACACAGGAUCCUCUGUCUGUCUGAAGACAACAGGAAGGUGACAGCAGUGGAAGAGAAGCAGCCGUAUCCUGACCACCCAGAGAGGUUUGACCACAGAUACCAGGUGCUGUGUGCAGAAGGUCUGACUGGUCGCUGUUACUGGGAAGUUGUGAGGAAAGGAAGGAUUGAUAUAGGAGUGACCUACAGAGGAAUCAGCAGGAGAGGAGAGGGAGAUGACUGCACACUUGGAGAAAAUGACAUGUCCUGGAAUCUGCUGUGCUCCUAUAAUAGCUACACUGCCUGUCACAAUAAAAGAAAGACAGAAGGUAUCCCGUCACCUGACUCCUCUGACAGAAUUGGAGUGUAUCUGGACUGGUCUGCUGGCUCGCUGUCCUUCUACAAAGUCUCCUCUGACACACUGAUCCACAUCCACACCUUCACCUCCACAUUCAGCGAACCUCUUUACCCUGCGUUCAGGUUCGGGUUGAGGUCUGGCUCCUUGUCUCUGUGUCAGAUAGAGGAGUGAGAGUCGCCUCCUGCGUAGAGAAACACACAGGUUGAAAUGAAAGUUCAUUUUGCAAACACUCCUACCCAUACUCACACCAUCACACUGUUCAGUUAUCUUACAAAAACAGACGGGAGGAAAAUACAGACAGAAAUUCGCCCAGUAAAUGAAAAACAUAUGUAUGAGGAUUCAGUAGUAGGACGUACUCAUUCCGUUUCUGAAAAAAGUUUUAUUAUCACGGCCUGUUUUUGUACCUUAGAUGAGAUGACUAUGUGACUCUGUGACAGUGUAGUCUAGCUUGGUUAUGAUCCUUAUUAAUAACAUGUAUUAUUUUUCAACAUUUGUUUUUGCUUUAGUUUUGCUCACCUACCAGUAUUCAUCUACUUAAUUAUACACGAAUAAAUACAUGUGUACAUACACGUAUGUAUGCGUAUGCAUAUAUAUUUGUGUGCAGACAUGUAGGCUAUGCUUUCUUCUUUUCAUCUACAGACAUUUGAAAUGUACAACUAAAAUUUGACUGAUUGAUUGAUCUGUCUGCUAGAAAAGUCUUUGUAGUUCUGAUAAACUCUGUCUGUAAAUCAACACCUGUGACUUGUGGUAGACCGCUGGGCUCCAUUUUGGGCCCCAUCCACUUCUCAGUGUACAUGCUCCCUCUUGGCCAUACAUUAGAGGACAUAAUAAAAAAUAACAUAACAAUGGCAUAAUAAAAUAAAAUAAAUAAAGAGUUGAAUGUUGUGCUGUAUGAAGGCAGAGUGGAUUACAGAUCAAACACAUAAUUUCUGCACUACAGUGUGAGAUUGCAGGUGGUGACUUAGAGAACAGGACAGUGCUCAUCAAGCUACUUUGUCAAAGUAUCACAGAAUAUCACUACCUACUAUAAAUGGAAAAUGUGUAUUAAUGAAAGUACAGUUGUUAGUGGUGUCUUUCUGCCCUUAAGAUUCAGUUGAAACUAUUUAACACUUACUCAAGAAACCUGUCCUUAAAUUAAAAAAAAAAAUGUGAGUAAUGUGAUUUGAGGUGAAAACUCCAGACCCAAAUGUGGAGAAACUACAACUACUGUACAAAAUAGUGCUCAGAAUUUAAUAUAGGAGCGUUUUCACUUAAUUUAAUGGUUAAUUGGUAGUUUGGCCCUAUUGGCCAGGGAGCACUCCAUCACAACCGCAGACCAAUCAGAGCACAAGACCCUCCCUGUGUCGGUAAAAUUCCUCAGUUAGUUGCCUACACAGUCGGGAGUGGACGGACUUUCUAUUAGUUAUAAGUUUAUGUUCCCUGAAUUCUGUGCAUCAUAUUUCCUUUGGUGUGAGUCCCUGCCGUUCUAAGUAAGUUAUUUGUAA